AAUCUGAAGAGGUGUCUACAUUGAAGCAUUGACUUGUGAUAAAUGGACAGCUCUUCAUGUCAGUGCUUUGAAAGGUCACUGUGAUAUUGUAGAUUUGCUACUUGAUAAAGGUGCAAACAUGAACGCUGUUGAAAUAAGUAAAUGGACACCGCUUCAUUGGGCAUGUCAUAAAGGUCAUAAAGAGAUCGUAAGGACAUUGAUCAGAAGAGGUGUCAACAUUGAAGCUUUAACUCACAAAAAAAGGACAGCUCUUCAUGUAAGUGCUUCCAAAGGUCACUGUGAUAUUGUAGAUUUACUACUUGAUAAAGGUGCACACAUAAACGCUGUUGAAAAAGAUAAAUGGACACCCCUUCAUUGGGCAUGCCAAAAUGGUCAUAAAAAGGUUGUGGAAAUGUUGAUCAACAGAGGUGCCAACAUUGAAGCUUUUCGUGACGAUAAACAGACAGCUCUUCAUAUCAGUGCUUCCAACGGUCAUUGCGAUAUUGUAAGUUUUCUAUUGGAAAAAGAUGCCAACGUAAACACUGUUGAAAAAGAUAAAUUGACACCACUUCACCUAACAUGCGCAAAUGGUCACCAAGAGGUGGUGAAAAUAUUGAUCAGUAGAGGUGCCAGCAUUGAAGCUUUGACUUAUAAUAAAUGGACAGCCCUUCACCUAGGUGCUUUCAGAGGUCACUGCGGAAUUGUAGGUUUACUACUUGAUAAUGGUGCAAACGUGAACGCUGUUGAAAUAGAUAAACGAACACCGCUGCACUGGGCAUGCCAAAAUGGUCAUAUAAGUGUAGUAGAGAUAUUGAUCAAAAGGGGUGCCAACAUUGAAGCUUCGCGUGACGAUAAACAGACAGCUCUUCAUGUCAGUGCUUCCAACGGUCACUGCGAUAUUGUAGGUUUACUACUUGAUAAUGGUGCAAACAUGAAUGCUGCUGCAAUAGAUAAAGCAACACCGCUACAUUGGGCAUGCCAAAAUGGCCAUAUAAAUGUAGUAGAUAUAUUGAUCAGAAGAGGUGCCAACACUGAAGCUUUGCGUGACGAUAAACUGACAGCACUUCAUGUCAGUGCUUCCAACGGUCAUUGUGAUAUUGUAGGUUUACUACUUAAUAAAGGUGCAAACGUAAACGCAGUUGAAAUACAUAAAUGGACACCGCUUCACUGGGCAUGUCAGAAUGGCCAUAUAAAUGUAGUAAAAAUAUUGACCAGAAGAGGUGCCAACAUUGAAGCUUUGCGUGACGAUGAACAGACAGCUCUUCAUGUCAGUGUUUCCAAAGGUCACUGCGAUAUUGUAAAUUUACUACUUUCUAAAGGUGCAAACGUAAACGCAGUUGAAAUAUAUAAAUGGACACCGCUUCAUUGGGCAUGCGAGAAUGGCCAUGAAAAGGUGGUAGCAGUGGCGUAGCCAGAAAUUGUCUCUGGGAGGGGUUUUCAACGGUCAAUGAUACCUUUUUUGUUUGACCCUUACAUUUUGUAAACAGUAAUGAGCAAUUGUAUUCGUAGUUUGAAAAAAGCGGCGCAGCCGAAAAAUUUUUUCAUCGCAAAGCGCUUUAUACUGAAAAUUUGUUCCACAAAUUUUGGCUCUGGGGGGGGGUUUUAACCCUAAAACCCCCCCCGUGGCUACGCCAGUGGGUGGUAGAGAUAUUGAUCAAAGCAGGUGCCAACAUUGAAGCUUUGUGUGACGAUAAAUGGACGGCUCUACAUGUCAGUGCUUUCAAAGGUCACGGCAAUACUGCAAAUUUACUACUUGAUAGUGGUGCAAACGUGAAUGCUACUGACUUCAAUAAUAGGACGCCACUUCAUUGGGCAUGUCUUAAUGGUCAUAAAAAAAUAGUAGAGAUAUUGAUCAGUAGAGGUGCCAACAUUGAAGCUUUGCGUGACGAUAAACAGACAGCUCUUCAUGUAAGUGCCUCCAACGGUCACUACGAUAUUGUAAAUUUACUACUUGAUCAAUGUGCAAACGUUAAUGCUGUUGAACUACAUAAAUGGACAUCACUUCAUUGGGCCUGUCAGAAUGGUCAUAAAGAGGUGGUAGACACAUUGAUCAGCAGAGGUGCCAAUAUUGAAGCUUUGCGUGACGAUAAACAGACAGCGCUUCAGAUAUGUGCUUCCAACGGUCACUGCGAAAUUGUAAAUUUACUACUCGAUAAAGGUGCAGAUGUGAAUACGGUUGACAUAAAUAAUUGGACGCCGUUGCAUUGGGCAUGCCAGAAUGGUCAUAAAGAGGCUGUAAAUAUAUUGAUCAGAACAGGUGCCAAAAUUGAAGUAUUAACUCACAAAAAAAGGACAGCUCUUCAUGUAAGUGCUUCCGAAGGGCAUUGCGCGAUUGUAGAUUUAUUACUUGAUAAAGGUGCAAACGUGAAUGCUGUCGACAUAAAUAAUUGGACGCCGCUCCAUAGUGCGUGUGAAAAUGGUCAUAAAGAAGUUGCGGAGAAGUUAAUCAAAAGAGGUGCCAACAUUGAAGCAUUGACUGAUAAAAAAUGGACAGCUCUUCAUGUAAGUGCUUCCAAAGGUCACUGUAUUAUUGUAGGUUUACUGCUUGAUCAUAGUGCAAACGUAUACGCUCUAGAAAAAGAUUAUUGGACACCGCUUCACUGGGCAUGCCAAAAUGGUCACAAAGAUGUUGUGGAAGUUUUAAUUAAACAAAAGCCACCAUUGCCAAAGGUUACCCCGUACACAAUCAGACGCAACACCUACAACGAUUUAUUCAAAAAUUCAUAGUUCAGUUUUACAAUUCACCAUCUGGCGAAGGGCUAGUGUGAAAAGUCAAAUCGCAAGCUAACCGAUUCAAAUUUAGAACUAUCGUUAACAACAUGGUCGAUAGAAGUUACCAUGAUAGUGUAUGAUGUUACGCCUGCUUCUUUGUCGCUACUACAUCUACAGGAGGUGGCCAAAAUGUUUUCUCUUACAAAAAGAUCAACAAGCUGUAACUUUUCAUAGAAUGCAUCAAAAAUUCUCAAAUUUUGACUGCUUGUCAACCUAUUUUUUAAAAAGACACGGACACGUUCAAUGCUUCCAGUGAGCUUUUCGCUCUUUGAAGGAAGCACGACACUAGACAACGGACUAGCAUGCAACGCCCAGUGGCACAGCCGAAAACUUUUCCUGACAGCUGCGGCGGGAAUCGAACCCGCGCUCCUCAGCACGAUGUGACUAAGAGCUUGGUGACACACGACCACAGAGCCGCACAAUCAUCAUUUGUACAAAUUUGCCCUCGAUUGGUUAAUCUUUCACGAAACUAGAACCACUCUGGUAAAACACUAUUUUCUAGACAACUAUUUUUUUACAGUCAUAUCUCGGAAACCAGUGAAUUGAAUGAAGUUUUCAACGUUUAUCAACUUUUUUUUUCUAGUUCAUUUAUUUAUGGCUCAAUCGAGUUUAUCAACAAUAUGUUGAUAAUUGAUACGACGUUAUAAAAUGUUAUAUUUUCUCACGACGAAUAAAGUUAUACCGGUUUGACAUUUUCACUCAUAUAGAGGAAAAAGUCAAAUUUAUAAUAACACACAAAAAUUACUAAAUGUUUUCUUCCUUUAACCCAGAUAGACUCUAAUAUAUUUUAUUAGAGAUAUCUUGAGAACAGAAGCAGAAAAUCUUUGGAUAUCAAAACUAAAAAUUCAAUGACGAUGUAAAGCAUUAACAUUUUUCGAGAAAGAUCCGAAAAGUGUCAACCCACCAUAACUUUUUUCAACGUUAAAAAAGUAUCUAUGUUUCAUUUUGUGAAGAAUUAAUAUAUUGUUGAUAAACGUUCCGAGGGUCUCCAGUUAGGCUAGUGGUUAAGGCUAUGGAUCGCCAAUCCGGAGACGGCGGGUUCGAUUCUCGUUCCGGUCGGGAACAUUUUCUCGACUCCCUGGUCAUAGUGUAUCAUUGUACUUGCCUCACAAUAUAAAUUUAUGCAAUGGCAGGCAAAGAAAGCCCUUCAAUUAAUACCUGUUAAAGUACCCACUAGUUGAAGCGAGGCAGGUCAAGUCCCAGUGGGGACGUAGAGCCAUAAAGAAGAAGAAAGUAUCUCAACAAAACUAGGAUAAUUGUUCCCAUCGUUGCGGUAGUACCUAUUGUUGCGGUAAUGGCAAUUGAGCACUUUUUCGACUGAAAUGUUACCAAAAGGUAUUUUUAAUAGAUGUAUGGUGCUUAAAUUAUGAGAUUGCACCAUUUGUUUGCUUAAGAUUUGCCCAAAAACCUAUUUUAAAAAAAAUAUUUUCAUAAAUGUGUUUGCUGCUGUGUUCCUAUUGUUGCGGUAGUGUUCCUAAUGUUGCGGUAUCCCAUAUGAUUUCAAUGGGAUACCGCAACAAUAGGAACAAAAUACCGCAACAUUAGGAACACAUACCGCAACAUUAGGAACACAAUGAUCUUUCAGAUAAAAACGAAUAAAAUGCUCAUAACAACAUCAAAGUGGCAAUAUUUCGUUAUUUUCCCGUAGAUUAAGGAUGGAUUUUAUUAUUUUCAAUUCAAUCCAUGUAAAAAGUUUGCUUGGGGCGAUACAAUUGUGGUUUAAACAUGAACCCAGCGCUUAACUCCUCCAUGAUCGGAUCAAUUACCCUAUCGAAGGAACUCGUGGAGGAAUUCCCCGAAGGAACUUCUGGAUGAAUUCACGAAGGAAAUUCUAGUGGAAUUUCCGAAGGAGCUCAUAGAUCCAUCCGCGUCGGGAAUCGGCUUGACUGCUUCCCAAAGCUUCUCCAGCUCCAGAUACGUUUCCACCGCAAACUUCCACGUGGGCCAAUUUUCACGGCCGCUCAGCCGCUCGAUGGGGGGCAGGCUUGAAAGGUUCUGGAUUUGUUGCGGGGCUUGCGGAACCCGUUCCGCCCGGUGGUCACCAGCUCCGAGAGACAUUUUCUAACUGCUUCUGGAAUCUUCUUUUGAAAAAAAUACUUGGGCCAAUAAGCUUUUGGAGGCAGUAAAACGAACUACUCUGUGCAGAAGUGAACAUUUUGUUUAAAUUUAAAUCUAGGCUACAACGAUUGGCGUACGGUCUGAACGCCUACUAUAAUCAUAGUAUCUCUAUGCUCUAGACGAAACAUAUAUAAUUCAUGUCAUGUUAACAUCAAGACACAUUUGAAAGAAAGGAAGUUGAUAAUCUGAAGAAAAUGAAGACUGUCUUCGUAUCGGGUUUCUUUCCAUAGAACAUAAGAAUUUACCUUCACUCGAGUUCACUAAUUUGACGUUUGAGUGAUGCUGUGUUUACAGAAAAUGAAGCCGUUUCCAUGGCCAUCUAGAUAACACGGGCCGCUCAAAAGUCGAACGAGUGAAUACGUGCAUUGGUCCAAUGUGAACAUUGGGCAAAGAUGAUUAGACGAUUAGACUAACUAGUGUAAGACUCAAUGUUGUAUGCCAAUAUUAUUAAGUUGAACAAAUUUGAUGAUAGUUUGAAUGUACUUUGUUAUUGGCGUACAUAAUUAUGUACAAUUUAAAUAAAACCAAUAUGUUUUAUAAUGCA